AUUUCCCACUCUCCUCCCAUUUAAAGCCUCACAUUCUCCUUUUCUACAGAAGAUAAGGUUCUCUCUCUCUCUUCCAUGGCCGAAGUUUCUAGAAUCUUCCACUCCUCCCUUCUCCUCCCCAAUUUCUCUCAAUCCCUUUCUUCCUACCGCCGAACUCCCGCCUCUCCAACAAUAUCCCGAAAAACCCACAUCCGUUGCUCGAUUUCUGCCGCAUCAAACAACGGUGGCACAAGAGUUGCAGAAGCGAUCCGUAAGACGAUCCCUUGGGGCUGCGACAUCGACUCAUUGGAGAAUGCGUCGGCCCUGCAGCAAUGGCUGUCCGAGUCGGGCCUACCGCCGCAGAAAAUGGCGAUUGACAGGGUUGAGAUCGGUGAGAGAGGCCUGGUGGCUCUGAAGAAUAUAAGGAAGGGCGAGAAACUGCUGUUCGUCCCACCAUCUCUGGUUAUAACAGCUGAUUCGGAAUGGAGCCGUCCGGAAGCAGGUGAGAUUUUGAAGAGAAACUUUGUCCCGGACUGGCCACUUAUUGCGACUUAUCUGAUCAGUGAAGCAAGUCUCAUGCAGUCUUCGAGAUGGAGCAGUUAUAUCUCUGCCCUGCCUCGACAACCCUACUCGCUUUUGUACUGGACACGUUCAGAACUAGACAUGUAUUUGGUUGCUUCACAGAUAAGGGAAAGGGCCAUUGAGAGGAUCACUGAUGUAACUGGAACAUACAAUGAUUUAAAGCUCAGAAUAUUUUCCAAGUAUCCUCAUUUAUUUCCUGAGGAGGUAUUCAAUAUGGAGACAUUCAGAUGGUCCUUCGGCAUUCUCUUCUCGCGUUUGGUUCGUUUGCCGUCAAUGGAAGGAAGGGUUGCAUUAGUUCCUUGGGCAGACAUGCUUAAUCAUAGCUCCGAGGUGGAGACAUUUUUGGACUAUGAUAAAUCUUCACAAGGGAUCGUCUUUACAACUGAUCGGUCAUAUCAGCCAGGUGAGCAGGUUUUUAUAUCGUAUGGCAAGAAAUCAAAUGGAGAGCUAUUGCUUUCAUAUGGAUUUGUUCCCAAGGAGGGAACUAACCCAACUGAUUCAGUCGAUUUGCUAUUGUCACUUGACAAAUCUGACGAAUGUUACAAAGACAAGUUGGAAGCGUUACAGAAGUAUGGUUUGUCGCCGUCUCAGCGGUUUCCUUUGCAGAUCACUGGUUGGCCAUUGGAGUUAAUGGCAUAUGCUUACCUGGCGGUCAGCCCCCCAAGUAUGAACAGACAUUUUGAAGAGAUGGCUGCUGCAGCAUCAACUAAGACCACCACUAAGAAGGACAACAGAUACCCAGAUAUUGAAGAACAAGCCCUACAAUUUAUCUUGGAUUGCUGCGAAUCAAGCAUAUCAAAAUACACCAAAUUUCUUGAGGGAAGUGGAUCUGUUGAUUCAGAUGUGACAUCUCCAAAGCAAGUCAAUCGAAAAUUGCUAUUGAAACAGCUAGCAAUAGACCUGUGUACCAGUGAGCGGAGGAUCCUAUUUCGCACCCAAUAUAUACUGCGGAGGAGGUUGCGAGACAUGAGAACUGGUGAAUUGAGAGCUCUUAGGAUACUGGACGGAUUCAGAAAGAUUUUCAAAUGAAGGAUUUGAGUCACCUGAUUGCUGUAUCUGCUAAGCAGUUUGAGGUGAGUAAUGAGAUUUUUUCGGCCAUGUAGUUUGUAUUGGAAAUGUACUGCUUAGCUCUUCUUGGGUUACAGGCAAACGUUCUUCUUUAUGACCCAUUGUAAUAUAUGCUUACAACACCCAAAUCAUGUGUUUUCUCUGUUAUUAUUUCUUGUCAUGAAAACUGGCCUGUAUUUCAUAGAGUUCAUAUCAUAGCAAUUGAAAUUUUUGAUUGUUUCUUGCACAA